AUGGCGUCGUCUUAUUGUGAUAUUAUAGAUCCCUCCUUAAGGCAUCACGCUUAUAGCAGGAAACAGAAAUCUCUCGGUCUCCUAUGCACCAAUUUCUUGACCCUGUAUAAUCGAGAUGACAUUGACGUGAUUGGACUUGAUGAUGCCGCUUCUAAAUUAGGAGUUGAGAGAAGGCGGAUCUAUGAUAUAGUCAAUGUUUUGGAGAGUGUUGGGGUUCUGGCAAGAAAAGCAAAGAACAAGUAUUCAUGGAAGGGAUUUGCAGCAGUCCCUAAAGCUUUACAAGAAUUAAAGGAAGAGGGUUUAAGAGAUAAUGUCAAUACGAUUGACAGGCAAAGCAAUAAUUCUGUAAAAGUUGCAGAUGAUGAUGAGGAUGAAGAUGAUGACUCUGAUUCUAAUCCUAACACAGGAAGCCAGAAUGAAAAUUCUGGUAUUAUCAAAUCUACGGCUGCAUCAAGAUUUGAUCAUCGGAGAGAGAAGUCGUUGGGGCUUCUUACUCAGAACUUCGUGAAGCUCUUUGUGUGCUCCAACGCAAAUCUUAUAUCGCUCGAUGAAUCUGCCAAGUUAUUACUCGGGGAUGGCCACAAUUCAUCCAUUAUGAGAACGAAAGUAAGGAGGCUAUAUGACAUUGCAAAUGUGCUGUCUUCUCUGAAACUUAUUGAAAAGACCCAUACCGCUGAUACAAGGAAACCUGCAUUCAGGUGGUUAGGCUUGAGAGGCAAAUCAGAGAAUGGAUCAGGUGAUCAUUUGGCUCUUUUUGAGUCUAGGAAGAGGACAUUUGGGGCUGAUAUCACAAACAUAGGUUUCAAAAGAAACAAAAUGGAUUCUUCAGUUGACGGGGAUAAAAGCCAGAAUCUGAAGAUGCAAAAACAAAUAAAAGAUGAAAAUAUGGUAACUGUCGCUGAGAGAGGCAAUUUUGGCCAGGAUUCACAGCAGAACUCGGGAAGUUUCCAGUUUGGCCCUUUUGCUCCUGUUAGCGUGGCCAAAGGUGGCAACUCUGAAGAGAAAGCGGCUCAGAUCUAUGAUUGGGAGGGUCUUUCCUCUACUUUCCGUCCUCAAUAUCACAACCAAGCUUUGAGAGAUCUCUUUUCUCAUUACACGGAAGCAUGGAAAUCAUGGUACACUGAAGUUGCUGGGAAGAAACCAUUACACAUCUCCUAA